AAUUGUUCCGAGACGAGGAGAACAAGAAAAAAUGUUUUUCUGAAAUUAUUUUUAAUUAAAUAUAUGUAUAUUAAUAUUCUAUUAUUUCAAAACUGUUAAUAUAGUUUAAAAAUAAAAGGAAAUAAUUAAUUAAUGUAGAAUUCUUCUUUAGUCUUUUUUUAUUCAAUUCAUUCAAGUUUACAAUUAAUUACACACACAAAAAUGUUAUUCUACUCGUUCUUCAAAUCUCUUAUUGGCAAAGAUGUUGUUGUCGAAUUGAAAAAUGAUCUCAGUAUUCAAGGAACUUUACAUUCAGUGGAUCAGUAUCUAAAUAUUAAAUUAACCGACAUUAGCGUUACGGAUCCUGAUAAAUAUCCUCACAUGAUGUCGGUGAAAAAUUGUUUCAUUCGAGGUUCAGUUGUUAGAUAUGUUCAACUUCCUGGUGACGAUAUUGAUACACAAUUAUUGCAGGACGCUGCAAGGAAAGAGGCUGCAGUUCAAAGUCGAUAAAAAUAAAAAGAAACGAAAUUUUUUAUUUUAUUUUUUUAAUUAUUCAAUUCAACGUAAGCCGCAUAUUAUUUUUACUACUAUUAUUAUUAUUAUUAUUAUUACAAAUUUUUUUUUCACCACUUUUUUCUUUCUUUAUUUAAACAAUUUGAACAAAAAUAUACUCCAAUUUUAGAGUA